AUGGAUAUUGGAGGUUUGGAGACUGUGGUGGCAAACUCAGCCUAUGUGUCAGCACGCGGGAGUAUAGACAGCGCUGCUGCAGCAACUAUGCGUGACAAGAAAUACCGCACCAAGCUCAACCUGCCACACAUCAGACAAUGUGAACAUAUGAAGACUACGGUGGAUUCUUCCUUCGAAAGUAUGUGUGUACGGCAACCGAUUGGUAAGCGCCUCUUUCAGCAAUAUCUUGAAAGCGAAACUGCUCACAAGAAUUCUGUAGAUUUGUGGAAAGAUAUUGAAGACUACAACGUUGCCCAGGAAAAUGACAGAGCUAAGAAAGCACAGAAGAUGGUCAACAAAUACUAUGAGUCUUCGUCCAAGAACUUCUGUGACUUCCUGGGAGACAAAGCUGUGAGCAGGGUGAAAGAGGACUACAGAAACAUUCGAGGAGAUCUGUUUAAAGAGAGUGAAAAGCAGCUUCUAGUCCAACUGGAAGCUAAAGCACUCAAUGGCUUCAAGGACAGCAUGUACUUUCUGCGUUACAUACAGUUUAAAUGGUUGGAGGGCCAGCCUGUUACUGAAGAUUGGUUCAUGGAUUUCAGAGUGCUUGGGAAAGGUGGAUUUGGUGAGGUCCAUGCUUGCCAAAUGAAGGCGACAGGGAAGAUGUACGCCAACAAGAAACUGAACAAGAAGAGGUUGAAGAAACGUAAAGGUUAUGAUGGUGCUAUCAUUGAGAAGCGCAUCCUGGCUAAAGUGCACAGUCGUUUCAUUGUGACCCUGGCCUAUGCUUUCCAGACCAAAACUGACCUCUGCCUGGUCAUGACCAUCAUGAAUGGUGGAGACCUCAGAUACCAUAUGUAUAAUGUGGAUGAAAAGAAUCCAGGCUUUAAUGAAAAUAGAGCAUGUUAUUACACAGCUCAGAUCAUCUGUGGGCUUGAGCAUUUGCACCAGCACAGGAUUGUGUACAGAGACCUCAAGCCAGAGAAUGUCCUCUUAGAUGAUGUAGGACAUGUGCGUCUCUCUGAUCUGGGGUUGGCUGUUGAAUUACCUCCAGGGAAAGAUAAAACACAGGGAUAUGCUGGUACCCCAGGUUUCAUGGCUCCAGAACUGCUACAGAAGAAAGAGUAUGACUACUCUGUAGACUACUUCACUCUUGGGGUCACUCUGUAUGAGAUGGUUGCAGCCAAGGGACCUUUCAGGUGUCGUGGAGAACAGGUGGACAACAAUGAAGUGACACGGCGCAUCCUGAAUGAUCCAGUCUCAUACCCCCCAACCUUCAGCCAAGAACUUAAAGAACUCUGUGACAGACUGAUGGAGAAAGAUCCAGAGAAGAGACUUGGCUUCAAGAACAAUGAGUGUGCUGAACUGAAGAACCAGUCCUUCUUUAAAGAGCUCAAUUGGGGGAGAUUAGAGGCUGGUAUGCUUCCUCCUCCUUUUGUCCCAGAUCCUAAGAUGGUCUAUGCCAAAGACAUUGAUGAUGUGGGAGCAUUCAGCACCAUCAAAGGUGUUGUGAUUGACAACAAAGACAGUGAAUUCUACAAUGAUUUUGCAACUGGGAACGUACCAAUUCCAUGGCAGGAGGAGAUGAUUGAGACAGGCGUGUUUGGGGAGCUUAACGUCUGGGGACAAAAUGGAAAACUGCCGAACGAUCUGGAUCCCAACUAUGUGGAAGCAAAAGGAGGGGGAUGUGUUCUACUGUGAACUACAAAAGAAAAAGAAAAAAGCGGUGGGAGCACAGGAAAUGAUUCAUGGUGAACAGCAAAGGCAUGAAUUAUGUGCUUAAUGUGAAGAAAGAGUGUGUAACUCAGAAGGUCUCCAUAUGUAUGUACUGGAAUAAAUGUUUUUCUUAAAUCAGCUAAAAUAUAGUAAACAAAUAACACCAAGUUCUGACAUUCAGUAAAACCAGUGAUUAUCUUUUUAUUUUUAUUACUCAUAAUGUUGUCUGUGUUUGUCCUUUUACAUUUUCAUGAGGGAAUUUUUGCUCAUGGAGGAUGUUAGCAUAAAAAGAGGAAUUAAAUCUAGUAAAUGGAAAAUGAAGGAAGUGAAAAAAGUUACACAUAUCAGCAUACAUGUCAUAGAGGAAGUGAGAUACUUGUUUACUUUUAUGGUUAAAAUAUAUUUUUCUAGAAAUCUCAAAAAGAUAUUCUGUUUACUGUUUGUCAACACAUUGAUUUUUUGGAUUUAUAAUACGUUUGAUUGUAUUUGCAGUCACAUUAAACUUGACUAUUUCAAUAAAA